CUUAACUUCAAAUAUUGUUUUGGAGGUUUCAUUUUUUCCUCAAAUAUAAAUGUCUCCAUCAUAAACCACACAAUCAUCAAUCCAAAUUUCAAUCAAAUAUGAAGCAAUCAGCCGGAGUUCUCUUCCUCUGCAUCGUUCUCAUCUCCUUCGUCACCGGAAAUGCUAAUUCCGGUAUGAUAUCCGAUCUCUGCAAACACUCCGACGAUCCAAACCUCUGUCUCUCCAGCAUAACUUCACGUCCCGAGUCCGGCGAAUUCGCAGGCACCAGCAACCAGAUCGAGAUCAUAGCUAUCUCCGCCGCAUCAGCCAACGCCUCCGCCACUUCCUCCUACAUCAAACAAAAGCUCAGCAACGAAGAUUUGGAGCCGGCUAUUGAGGACACGCUUGAGGACUGUCAGAAAGAUUACCAAGAUGCCGUGGAGCAGCUAGAUGACUCGAUCUCCGCCAUGCUCGCAGACGCACACACCGACGUCGAUGUCUGGCUGAGCGCGGCGAUCAGCGCCAUCGAGUCAUGUGGAAGCGCAUUGGGUUCACGCGCUGGGAAUGAUGCUGAGCUUUCCCAGAGGAACGAAGUCUUUCUCAAGCUGUGCAAAAACGCUUUGAUGAUUAACAAAAUGUUAACUUGAGAAUAUUAAUCCCCUAAAUUUGAAUGUACUAUAUUCUAUACGCUUCCCUCUUUUUUUUUUUU